GAACCAUUGAGCAGGCGGUGGUUCCUUGACUCAAUGUUGUCGGUCUUUCAGGUCCCGCGGCUGCACUCUCAACCAUUAUCGGAGCGCCAUGACCUCAAAACGCCGGAAUAAUGGACGAUCCAAGCAUGGACGUGGCCACACCAAGCCUGUGCGAUGCACGAACUGUGGACGAUGUGUACCCAAGGACAAGGCUAUCAAGAAGUUUCAGAUACGUAAUAUUGUAGAAGCAGCUGCAGUUAAGGAUAUCAAUGAGGCUUCGGUUUAUACAGUUUACCAGUUGCCCAAAUUGUACAUCAAGCAACAUUACUGCGUUUCUUGCGCUAUUCACUCCAAGGUGGUGAGGAACCGAAGUCGCAAGGCUAGGAAGAUCCGUACCCCCCCUCCUCGCUUCCCCCGUGCUCAGGAGUCUCCGGCCAUACCCCGUUGAAACGCCACGUCUCCUGGGCAUCGAAGUUAAACAACGUUGGUUCUGGACACCCGCCCUCGUCCCAACUAAAUGAAAUAAAUUUGGGAAACAAA